UAUUACAAAACAUUCACUCGUGGCUUGUGUAACCCGCUUUCUCAGCUGUUUGGUAACCAGCAAAAAUUCCUGACUUAAGUGGGCACAAGUCAGACCGUAACAUUAGGUUCGUGGCAUUGUUCUAAAUGAACAGUUCAUUCAUUACGAGAUGAACGUUAAACGGACGAUAGCCGGAGCGGCCGAUAACAUUGCCUCUUUAAGUAACACGUUACAACAACUGGUGUUGGGUGGAGAGGAUCCAGGAGGGUUCUUCGGUAUUUGUGUAUCUGCCAUGGGACACAGCGAAACCCUGUCGGUCUUUCCAUCCCUCAUUCAACCUUUGGCUUCUGUGGACCCCUCUCAACACUCCACGCUCAUCGCCAUUUAUGUGGAAUACUUCUCAAAAGAUGAAGAAGAUGAGCUAGAAGUUGCUCUGGCGCUCUCCCUACUUGACGUCGAGCCCCAGCAGAAGCCCGCCUGCAGACCGGAGUCCAGACCGCCCGUCUGGCAGGGAGGGUACCCAGCUAAGGUUGGGGGUUCGAUUCCGGGAGGUGCCACCAAGUCUAAGACCACAACCCUCUCUGGACUCAGCUACGCACAAUCAGCUACAGGUGGGAGAGGACGCAGGCCCAGCGAGAACAUACCGAGGACGGGCUCCGGGGUCCCGUCUAGUACCCCACCCACACACCCCUCCAGAGACCGUGCCCCCCUCCCCACAGACACACACUCGACCACGUCGCAGACAACUAGACACAAACACGUCCCCGGUCUUCCUGCCUCUCCCAGCCUCCACCAGAGUGACCGGCGGCAGGACCGUGUUAACGACCCAUUGGACACGGAGGGGACCUGCCCUGACCAAUCGCAGAAGCCCAAGCGCUCGAAAAACCGGCGUCAGCGCGGAAAGGGGUGUGGCCAGCGUGCGGUGGUGGGGCUGCCUCACUCACCUUCGGCCACGCCUCCUGUGCUGUUGUGGCUCCGCCGGGACCUCAGGCUCCACGACAACCCCGCUCUGAUUGGCUCGCUGCAGGCGGGCGCGCCGGUCGUCCCCGUCUUCAUAUGGAGCCCCGAGGAGGAGGAGGGGCCGGGGGUAACCAUGGCAACCGGAGGGGCAUGUCGGUACUGGCUCCACCAGGCCCUGGCGUGUCUCCAGGGGGCUCUGGAGCGUCUGGGCAGUCACCUGGUGCUCCUGAAGGCCGACCCGGGCUCCUCUCUGGGGGCGCUCCUGGGCCUGGUGGAGGAGACGGGGGCGCGCACGGUGCUGGCCACGGCGCUGUACGAGCCCUGGCUGAGGGAGCGGGACCAGCGGGUGGAGGCCGGGCUGCGGAGGGCCGGCGUGGCGUGGCGGAUGGUGCACUCCUACUGCCUCCGGGACCCGUACUCCGUCAGCACCCAGGGGGUGGGGCUGAGAGGCCUCGGCUCGGUGUCCCACUUCAUCAGCUGCUGUGAGCAGAACCCGGGCCCCGCGUUGGGCCCCAGCCUCGACCCGCCCGUUUCCAUGCCGACCCCAUCCCAGUGGCCCCCGGGGGACCCCCUCGAUGCGCUCGGCCUGGCGCGCAUGCCACGCAGGAAGGACGGCACCGUGAUUGACUGGGCGGCCAACAUCCGCGCCUCGUGGGACUUCAGCGAGCAGGGGGCUCACGCACGUUUAGAGGCCUUUCUGCAAGAUGGUGUGUACCGGUACGAGAAAGAGUCCGGACGGGCCGAUUCCCCCAACACCAGUUGUCUGUCUCCCUACCUCCACUGGGGGCAGAUCAGUCCACGCUGGUUAUUAUGGGAUGCCAAAAGUGCACGGUGCAGACCCCAAAAGUUCCAGCGCAAACUGGCCUGGAGGGACCUGGCGUACUGGCAGCUGUCCCUGUUCCCCGCCCUUCCCUGGGAGUCUCUGCGCCCGGCGUACAAGGCUCUCCGGUGGAGCAGUGACCGGGGCCACCUGAAGGCGUGGCAGCGGGGCCGGACAGGCUACCCCCUGGUGGACGCCGCCAUGAGGCAGCUGUGGCUGACCGGCUGGGUCAACAACUACAUGAGACACGUGGUCGCGUCCUUCCUCAUAGCUUACCUGCAUCUGCCCUGGCAAGAGGGGUACCUCUGGUUCCAGGACACUCUGUUGGACGCCGACGUGGCGAUCGAUGCCAUGAUGUGGCAGAACGGGGGCAUGUGCGGCCUGGACCACUGGAACUUCGUGAUGCACCCGGUCGACGCAGCCCUGACCUGUGACCCCUGUGGCAGUUACGUCAGGAAAUGGUGUCCUGAACUUGCAGCGCUGCCCGAUGACCUCAUCCACAAACCCUGGAGAUGCCCCGCCUCCAUACUGCGGCGUGCAGGUGUUGCUUUUGGACACACCUACCCCGAGCCCAUCGUCACAGACCUGGAGGCGCGGAGGGGCCAGUCCCUGCAGGACGUGGCGCAGGUACGGAGCACGUUGAGCGAGUACGUGGACGAGCGUAGCGGCUGUGACCUGGUACCGCUGCCCCCCCGCCUGGUCGCCGAGGCCCUGGGCUCAGCGGGGGGCGACCAGCUCAGGACCGGCGGGAAGCAGUUCCUCCUGCCCGUCAUCACCCGCAUGGAGUUCAAGCACCGACGGGGCGACCCCGGCGAGGACGCCGCCGCCAACCCCUACGACGCCGUGCUGAAGGGCUACGUGAGCCGCAAGCGCGACGAGACCGUGGCCUUCCUCAACCAGCGGGACUUCUCCGCCAGCGUGAUGAACGAGGGGGCGCAGCGGAGGGAGAGGCUGGACAGCGAUAUGCGGAUCCUAGAGGGACUCCCCCGAGCUCCCCCCGGCCGGGGAAGAGCCAGGCCAACCCCCGCGGCCAAGGGCCAAUCCUCGUAGAGCCAGGCGCCGCGGGUGACUCCGGGGUGACUCCGGGGUGACUCCGGGGUGACUCCGGGGAGAUAGGAGGCAGCCUACUGUAGAGGCUAGGGUGCUCGUCUCCCAGCCCAACGGGUACCGGGUUCGGCUCCCCAACCCCUUGCGGUAGGCCUCUGAGCUGGACAGCUUCUCCUUAACGAGUAUGACUUCACAGGUCACUUUGAGAAGAGACUGCCGCAUGACUGAAGUUCAAUAAUAUAUCCACCAGGCAGUUGAUGGAUGGGAUCAAAGUAGGGAGUUGAACAGAUUGGCCAUUCUCUUGCCAUUGGGCCUGAAACCAAUGCAUACAUUUUUCUCCAUGUCCUCAUCUUACUUUAAAAUAGACUUGGCUUUAAAAUGAUGUCAUCUGAACCAGGGUGAAGAUAAUUGGUGCAGUAAAAAUUAUCCAUCGACAGAAUGAUUUGAUGAAUUGUGUAUUUAUUCAUGUUUUCACUCAUUCAUCUGAAAAAUCUUGGAUAUCUAUUUACGUGCCAUGGACCGUAAUCCAAAACAGAUUGAUCUGUGCUGAGUUGCGGCAGUGGACACAUAAUGUGCACACAACUGUUAUUCUUGAUCUUGGUUAUCUGGCGAUGGCAGACCACUUCAUAACAUUGAUAGAGAUCAUAGAGAAAACAAAAUAUUCCAAUGUUUUGUUUUUAUUCAACCUUCUACCCAACAUGUCCGUUACCAACAAGGUCUUCGUUACAUCAGUGCUUAUACUUCAUGGUAAGGCCCAACAGGGCUUCACCCCUACAGGGGUAAUUCAGUCUUCAACGUACUUGAAAUGCUUAAGUAACGAAAAGACUAGAAAACUCUUCAGGUUGUUUGAAAUCACGGGGCCAAUAAACACUACGUCAUCCCCGUUUACGCAAUUGAUUGGUCAAUAAAAGGUGGACGGGGUGAUUGGAAGAUCUGUCAAUAAUACUGUAUCCAAGAUCAUUUUACUUAUAACCGUUCCAGUGUAGAACGGUAGACGCUUGGCCAUGGGUAUACGUGCAUGACCCC